UGAAUCGGUCACUCAUCGCGAGCAUGUUGUUUUGAUUUGCGAAUCGCCUUCCAGUAAACACGUGCAUUGAAAUUCCCUGUUAAAGUUCUGCUUAUUUUUCGUCUAAAUAGUGCUAAAACCGCGACAAAACCAUGAAAAUCAAAGCAUCGAAGAAGGUGCAACCCACGGAAGCUAAAUUGCACCAGCUGAAGAAAUCCAAAAGUGACAUCGUGAAACCGAAGGAGAAGAAAUCCGCCGGUUUGAUGGCAGCUGCCGUGACUCCCCACACGUUUGCCGAAAAGAAGGUGCUGGCGGUCAAAAAGAAAAAUAAAAAAGACAAACUAGCAGAAUUGGGCAAGACCAAAUCGCAGAUCUCGACCGGUCAGGUUCCACCGAAGAAACAUGAAUCGAAGCCGGAAAAGGGGUUGGGUAAACAGCAAAAAGCUCCAAAGGCAGAUGCUUCUAAAAAGAAUAAGGGCACCAAAGUGGCAAAAUCCGAACCAAAACCAGAAGCACAGAAGGAAAACGAUGCCACUGAAACACUGGUCAGCAGGAAGGCCAUCAAAACUGCACUGAAGGCGUGCAAGAAAGCAUUGGACGAAGGCUUUGACCAGAAGAAGAAUCUGUUCGGAGAAGAUUUGAAAUACGGUCUGCAGAUUGCCUGUGUCAAAAUUCCGGAUGUGCCAAGCAGAAACUGCAGGGUACAACUUCCCAAUGCCAUUUACAAGAAAGGUGAUGAUAUCUGCCUGAUUGUGAAGGAUUUGGAACGUGGCCGGAAACAAGAACACGAAGAGACCCUUAGCUUUUGGAACGAUAAACUGCGUGAACUGGACAUUGACUUCAUUACACAGGUGAUUCCAUUCCGGCAGCUCAAACAGGAUUAUCGUGAAUACGAAAUGAAGUUGAAGCUGGUCCAUCGGUUUGACCGAUUCCUGGUGGAUGCCCGGAUAAAUGGCCAUGUGUACAAUUUCCUCGGAAACAAUUUCAUCAGGCGGUGCAAAAAUCCGACCCCUGUUAUUUUGGACAAGGACGAAAAGAUCGUCAAAAGCCUCAACAAGACCCUGGGUAGAGUCACGUACAAACAAACCAACACGGGAAGGAUAACCGAAAUUCAGUUUGCCACCCACAAAAUGCCCCUGGAGAAGGCAGUUGAGAAUGCUGAGUCUCUUCUACAGACCAUGAAAACACAAUACCCAGGAGGAUGGCGAAACAUCCGGACCGUCUAUCUGAAACCGAUGACGGACAUCCAGCUUACGUUCCCACUGUAUGUGAGCAAGGAAGAUCCCAACUUGGUUCCGGUGCCGAAGAUUACCGGCCCGAGAGAGCGCUUCGAGAAGAGUAUGAACGAAAAAUUGCAGGAAGCCACAAUGAACAAGUACAAGUUCCAAGAAGGCAAUUUGGUUCGUGUUGAUUUUGAAAAACGCAAGACGAAGAAGGAUAAACGAACGGUGGUGCAGGAGCAAAGCGAAGAGCAAGCAGAAACGAAGGAGGAAGAUGAACUGGAAGCAGACAGUGGCGAGGAGAUGGAGCUGGAUCAGGCUAGCGAUACUGAAGAGAGUGAUCUUGGCGAUAGCGAUGAUGAAAAUUGAACUACCUGUAGAAAGAGGUAAGUAUGACCCGGAUGAGUUAUCUCUGUUUUCACGUUUAUGCGGAAUUGGAGAGAUUUAUAUCUUAAUAUUUUUUUUUCGAAAAUAUAGAUUUAAGAGAAAU